CCCGGCUCCGGCGUAGGGCUGCGAACUGUCUGCCUUGGAGCCUGCUUCCCUCAUCCCUGGUUGCUCGUGAUCAUGGGACAGGAACCGCGCACGCUGCCGCCCUCCCCUAACUGGUACUGCUCCCGAUGCAGCGAUGCCGUGCCUGGGGGCCUCUUCGGCUUCGCGGCGCGGACCUCUGUCUUCCUUGUCCGCGUGGGCCCGGGAGCGGACGUGAUCCCAGGGACGUCCCCAUUUCGAGUCAUAGGGGAGUUGGUGGGACACACCGAAAGGGUGUCUGGCUUCACAUUUUGUCAUCACCCGGGUCAAUACAACCUCUGCGCCACCAGCUCCGAUGACGGGACUGUGAAAAUCUGGGAUGUAGAGACAAAAACAGUUGUGACGGAACAUGCGCUCCAUCAGCAUACAAUAUCAGCAUUGCAUUGGUCUCCUCUAGUAAAGGAUUUACUAGUAUCUGGAGAUGAAAAAGGAGUAGUUUUCUGUUACUGGCUUAACAGAAAUGACAGCCAGCACCUCUUUAUAGAACCCAGGACAAUUUUCUGUCUUACUUGCUCACCUCAUCAUGAAGAUUUAGUAGCCAUUGGCUACAAGGAUGGCAUAGUGGUUAUAACUGACAUCAGCAAGAAAGGAGAAGUUAUACACAGACUUCGAGGCCACGAUGAUGAGAUCCACUCCAUAGCCUGGUGCCCCCUGCCUGGUGAAGAUUGUUUAUCCAUAAAUCAAGGGGAAAAUUCAGAAGAACUUGAAAUCCCCAAUGGGAAAGUUACAGCACAGACUCCAGUAAAAAAAGGCUGCUACUUAGCCACUGGAAGCAAAGAUCAGACCAUUCGUAUCUGGAGCUGCUCUAGAGGCCGAGGGGUGACGACUUUGAAAUUGCCCUUUCUGAAGAGAAGAGGAGGGGGUAUAGACCCAACUGUUAAAGAGCGCCUUUGGUUGACACUCCAUUGGCCCAAGGGUCAGCCAACACAGCUGGUAUCCAGCUGUUUUGGAGGCGAACUGCUACUAUGGGAUCUCACUCAGUCUUGGAGACGGAAAUAUACCCUCUUUAGUGCUUCAUCAGAAGGGCAGAAUCAUUCAAGAAUUGUGUUUAAUUUAUGUUCUCUACAAACUGAAGAUGACAAACAGCUGCUGCUUUCCACAUCAAUGGACAGAGAUGUAAAAUGUUGGGACAUGGCCACCCUGGAGUGCUGCUGGACCCUGCCUUCCCUUGGUGGAUUUGCCUACAGUCUGGCUUUCUCUCCUGUAGACACAGGAUGUUUGGCGAUAGGUGCUGGUGAUGGCAUGAUCCGUAUAUGGAAUACAUUCUCCAUAAAGAACAACUAUGAUGUGAAAAUUUUUUGGCAGGGUGUCAAGUCCAAGGUUACAGCGCUGUGCUGGCACCCAACCAAGGAAGGCUGCUUAGCUUUUGGAACUGAUGAUGGAAAAGUGGGACUGUAUGACACCUACUCCAACAAACCUCCACAGAUUUCUAGCACAUAUCACAAGAAGACUGUAUACUCUUUAGCCUGGGGGCCACCAGUACCCUCCAUGACACUCGGAGGAGAAGGGGACAGACCUUCCCUCACUCUAUACAGCUGUGGAGGGGAAGGGAUUGUCUUACAACACAACCCCUGGAAGCUUAGUGGAGAGGCCUUUGACAUCAACAAACUCAUCAGGGACACCAAUUCAAUCAAAUACAAAUUGCCUGUACACACAGAGAUCAGCUGGAAAGCAGAUGGCAAAAUCAUGGCUCUUGGCAAUGAAGAUGGAUCAAUAGAAAUAUUCAAGGUUCCUAACUUGAAACUGAUCUGCACCAUCCAGCAGCAUCACAAGCUUGUGAAUACUAUUAGCUGGCAUCAUGAGUAUGGCAGCCAGCCAGAGCUGAGCUAUCUGAUGGCCUCUGGGUCCAACAGUGCAGUCAUUUAUGUGCACAACCUGCAGACCGUCAUAGAGAGCAAUCCUGAAUCCCCAGUGACCAUUACAGAGCCCUACCGGACCCUCUCAGGGCACACAGCCAAGAUUACCAGUCUGGCAUGGAGCCCACAUCAUGACGGAAGGCUGAUAUCUGCUUCCUAUGAUGGUACAGCUCAGGUGUGGGAUACUCUCCAGGAAGAGCCUCUAUGCAAUUUCCGAGGACAUCGAGGUCGACUGCUUUGCAUCGCAUGGUCCCCGUUGGAUCCAGACUGCAUCUACUCAGGGGCAGAUGACUUCUGUGUGUACAAAUGGCUCACUUCCAUGCAAGAACAUUCCCGACCUCCUCAAGGCAAGAAAAGUAUUGAAUUAGAGAAAAAAAGGCUCUCCCAACCUAAGCCAAAGCCCAAAAAGAAGAAAAAGCCCAUCUUGAGAGUGCCUGUAAAGCAGGAAUUGUGUAACGGGAAUGAAGAAGAGAGCGUAAAGGAGAGCUCGGGCCCUGUUGAGAACGGAGUGUCAGACCAGGAGACUGAGGAGGAAGCCCGGGAGCCAGAGCUACCCUGUGGUGUCACCUCGGCAGUUUCUAAAGAACCAGUUAUCUGCACUCCAGCAUCCUUAGGUUUUGAAAAGUCAAAAGUCACCAUUAAUAACAAAGUCACUUUACUGAAAAAGGAGGCACCUAAAGAAAAGCCAGAAGCCUUAAUCAAGAAGCGAAAAGCUCGUUCCAUGCUUCCACUGAGUACAAGUCUGGACCACAGAUCCAAAGAGGAGCUUCAUCAGGACUGUUUGGUAUUAGCCACUGCAAAACACUCCAGAGCAGAGCCAAAGGAGGAUGUGUCUGCUGAUCUUGAGCAAAGGUUUCACCUGGGGCUUUUCACAGACAGGGCUACCCUGUACAGAAUGAUUGAGGUUGAAGGAAAAGGUCACUUGGAGAACGGCCACCCCGAAUUGUUUCACCAGCUCGCGCUUUGGAAAGGAGAUCUACAAGGUGCUCUGCAGACCGCAGCAGAAAGAGGGGAGCUGACAGACAACCUUGUGGCCAUGGCACCCGUCGCCGGUUACCAUGUGUGGGUAUGGGCCGUGGAAGCUUUUGCCAAACAGCUGUGUUUUCAGGACCAGUAUGUCAAGGCUGCCUCUCACCUACUUUCUAUCCACAAAGUGUAUGACGCUGUGGAGCUGCUCAAGUCAAACCACUUCUACAGGGAGGCUAUUGCAAUUGCCAAGGCCCGGCUGCGCCCAGAGGACCCGAUCCUGAGAGACCUGUACCUCAGCUGGGGAGCCAUCCUAGAAAAAGACGGCCAUUAUGCCUUAGCAGCCAAAUGCUAUUUAGGAGCCACUUCAGCUUAUGAUGCAGCCAAAGUUUUGGCCAAAAAGGGGGAUGUGGCAUCACUUAGAACGGCUGCAGAGUUGGCUUCCAUCGUAGGAGAGAAUGAGUUGUCUGCUACCCUGGCUCUCAGAUGUGCCCAAGAACUGCUUCUGGCCAGGAACUGGGUGGGAGCCCAGGAAGCCCUGCAGCUCCACGAAAGUCUAAAGGGCCAGAGAUUGGUGUUUUGCCUUCUUGAGCUACUGUCCAAGCACCUGGAGGAAAAGCAGCUUUCAGAGGGCAAAAGCUCCUCCUCUUCUUACAAUGCUUGGCCUGCAGGCAGCGAAAAGCCCUUUGUGGAGAGGGUGACUGCAGUAUGGAAAAGCGCCUUCAGCCUUGACUCCCCAGAGCAGUACCAGGCAGCAUUUCAGCAGCUGCAAGAUACCAAGUACCCAUCUGCUACAAGUAACACUCCCUCCAAACAGCUCCUGCUUCACAUUUGCCAUGACCUGACCUUGGCAGUGCUAAGCCAGCAGGUGGCCUCCUGGGACGAAGCUGUGGAAGGACUGCUUCGGGCUGUGAUCCGGAGCUACAACUCAGGAAACUUCACCAUCAUGCAGGAAGUGCACUCAGCCUUUCUUCCGGAGGGCUGUGACCACCUAAGAGACAAACUGGGUGACCAUCAGUCCCCCACCACACCAGCUUUCAAAAGUUUGGAGGCCUUUUUUAUUUAUGGACGUCUGUAUGAAUUCUGGUGGUCUCUCUCCGGGCCUUGCCCCGAAUCCAGCGUCUGGGUAAGGGCUGCUCACAGAAGGACAACCUCUGUUGAGCAGAGCCAACAGCUUGACAAUGUCAGCCCUGAAGAAACUGACCCCAAAGCUUCCCAGCCAGAGCCAAGCAGGACUCUAGAACUAGACCUGAGACUCACAGAAGAAGGUGAGCAAAUGCUGAAUGCCUGUAAGGAGCUCUUUUCAGAAAAGCACGCUGGUCUCCAAAAUGCACAGAGAACCAUUGCUGAAGUCCAAGAGACCUUGGCAGAAAUGAUCCGCCAACACCAGAAGAGUCAACUUUGUAAAUCCACAGCAAAUGGCCCUGAUAAGAAUGAACCUGAACAGGAAGCAGAACAGUCCCUCUCUAGUCCUCAGAACCAGUGUAAAGAAGAAAAAAAUGAACCAGUUUCUUUGCCUGAAUUAACCAAAAGGAUUACAGAGGCCAAUGAGAGAAUAGCUAAGUUUCCUGAGAGUAUUAAGACCUGGCCCUUCCCAGAUGUGCUGGAGUGCUGCCUCAUCCUGCUUCACAUCGGGUCCCAAUAUUCUGGCUUCGUGACCCAGGAAAUGCAGCAACAGGCUCAAGAGCUCCUUCAGAAAUACGGCAGCACUAAAGUUUACAAACGACACUACCAGACCCUGUGCAUGUGAACUUUCAAGGACCUCUAAGAAACUGUGCCAAAUUCAAAACAUCCAACACCUUUCACCUCUGCAUUUACACCUCGCCAGAGAUUCACUUUGAUCCCUAUGUUUCUGCAGUGUUCCAAAUAAUACAAAUGAGAGUCAAGUUUCAAUCAACUCUACAAUUAAACACAAUGAAAUCUGACUUUGGACUCAAUUGUGUUUUCCUACUGGAGGAAAGAUCAUGAAAAGCCAGCAGUAGUUACUCAGAACUAACACCUGCAAAGUGAUUGUUGAUAAUUUCUAAAGCCUUAUGCAGGUUUCCCCCAAAGAGGAGAAACUUCUUUUUUAAUCACCCAAAGUGUUACAUUCUUAAACACAAGCUACCUUUAUAAAUGCUUUGCCUGACCAUAAACAUGUACACUCUUGUUGGAGGGUAGAGAUUAUGUCUUCCCUUUACUAUUUUACCCCUAGCACUCACUUAAGAGUGUCUGGUAUCUAAUAGGUACAUAAUGGAAACUUUCAACUGAGUAAGUUGGGAAAAUGAAAGAAUGCUCAUUAAUAGCUUAGACUUAAAGGACUCUAAACUGAGCUCAUUGAUACCAGCACUGGCUGACAACUAAGGCUUGUGAUUGGUAGUCGACCUUACUGCGUUAGCAGAACACAGAAAUUCAAGAACAUCUGGCAGUACAACAGCACCCCCCUCAGCCACAAUUUCACUUUCCACAGUUUCAGUUACCCCCAGUCAACAGCAGUCCAAAAAUAUUGAAUGGGAAAUUCCAGAAAUAGACAACUCAUAAGUUUUAAACUGUGGCCAUUCUGAGUAGCACGAUGAAAUCUCACGGCGGUCCCACUCCGUCCUACCCAGCACAUGACUCAUCCCUUUGUCCAGCAUACCCAUACUGUAUACACUACCUGCCCAUUAGUAUAGGAAAAACACAGAGCAUACAUUAUAGGGCUCAGUACUACCCAUGGUUUCAGGCCUCUACUGUGGGUCUUGAAACAUAACCCCCACAGAUAAGGGGAGACUACUGUAUAUGGAGGGGCUGAAUUACACCCAUCCCUUUCUGAGGAUGACCACUAACACAGCCCUACACACACUCACAUAUAUACAAGGCAAAGUUCUUUACAGUUCUACUACACUUGUGCCCCUUCUUUAGCACCACUUUAAUAAGCUGUUUCUUAUCUCUCCCAUGCAAUGAGCACACCCCUACUCAACACCGAGUUCCUCAACCCUUCAUCUCAACAUUUCUCCUGACAUGUCAGUAAGCCUGCUGUCAACUGUGGCAAAAAUAAACACCUAUUUUAAUCCAAA